UUUCUCUCUGUCACGCCUCCUUCUUCUUCUGAGAAUCCGAUUCUAUCUCGACGAAAAAACCCUUGGUCCAACUCUAUAUUCCUCAGCGAGAAGAAAAUCUGUAAUUCCGAGUUUGGUGUCCACCAUCUCUGCUUCUCUCUAUCUCCUCGCUGGGUACGGUACGAGCUUCUCAGAUCUGGUAAUAUCACAUUUCCCAUCACUUGCAUUCUUGGCUGAGUUUUGGGGUAAACACAUAGAUCAGGUUUUCUCAGUCUCAAUGUGGUCGAGCUUCAGUAGGAUUCGCCACUAAUCAUUUCAAAGUGAUGCUCAUCUUCUCUACCCUGUCUAUGGCUCUUACUGUGAUUCUUCAAAAGCUUAGUGUCUUUGGUCCUGGUUUGAAUCCCUCCUUCCCUUACUGCAUCGCCAAUCACUCGGUUGCCUCCCGUUAAUUUAGUUGCUCCCUUUCAACUGAGUUACAUUAGUCUGCCUUCCUUCAGUAUCUAUUCUGGAUAUUGUCGCAAACCCUUAGCCACUGCUUUUGAUAUUCUUGGUUGAGAUUUACACCAAAAAAUCAUGUAAAUCUGUGUCCUCUCAUAGAGUAAGUUAUCCUGCUGACUGAGUUCUUGAGGAAGUCUGCUUUGGUUAUUUCCUAUCCGAGUCUCAUAGUCCUACACAAGCACGCAUCCUACUUUCAAAGCUUGUUCUACCUGAACUUGAAGCUCAGACCCAAAAUGCUCCAAGAACAGCCGGUUGCAUUCUCGCUCAGGCGUAACUCUCUUAGACGCAGAUCCCCAAGAUCAAAUGUCGAUGACAGAGGCUGGACUCCGCUGCACAUAAAAGCCAGGAAAGGCGAUCUGAAAUCAGUGAAACAGCUUCUGGACCAAGGGUUUGACGUGAACGCUCUAGCAUGGGGACCAAAAUCAAAAGGAGUGAGCCCUCUUCACCUUGCAGCCGAGGGAGGCCACAUAGAAGUCAUGGAUUUGCUCCUCGAACGUGGUGCCAACAUCGAUGCUAGAACCUGGGGCUCCUGCGGGUGGACACCUCUCCACGCUGCAGCCAAAGAGCGCAAGAGAGAAGCCGUCAAGUUUCUUGUGGAGAAUGGUGCGUUUCUUCCGGAUGACAUAAGUGAUACCAGAUUUAAUCCGCCUUUGCAUUACUGUCACGGACUUGAAUGGGCGUACGAGGAGAUGAAGAAGCUUAACAGCGAGUCGUCUUCUUCAUCUGGUGGAGACACAUCUUGCAGUUCUGAGAACUGAUCUUGAAGUUGCUCUGUUUUUUUUCAAGUUUAAUUUGAGAAACUGUCAGAAUUCGGAAUAUUAUGAUUUGUCAGAACUCAAAUUGUUAUGUGUUUGAUCUUAUAUUAGUUCGAUAUGUGAAACUGCUGGUACGCCAUACAUAAAUCUUUUGUAAUAUGAUGAACAUUUCCAA